GCUCAUUUCCUCAGGAGAGGGUGACGGCAGGGUGAAAAAUAAAAGUGCUAGGCGACUGCUCUCUUCCUGGCUUUUAGUUGCAAAGCCCAAGCACAGAGAGGGCACGAAUUCGUCAAGCACACAUCUCGAAGAAUCACACCAUGCCAAACUACAAACUCACUUAUUUUAAUAUGAGGGGGAGGGCAGAAAUUAUCCGUUACAUAUUUGCAUAUUUAGACAUAAAGUAUGAAGACCACCGAAUAGAACAAGCUGAUUGGCCUGAAAUCAAAUCAGCUCUUCCAUUUGGCAAAAUCCCCAUUUUGGAAGUCGAUGGGCUUAACCUUCACCAGAGCCUCGCAAUAGCAAGAUACUUGACCAGAAACACAGAUUUGGCUGGAAAAACAGAAGUGGAACAAUGUCAAGUUGAUGCAAUUGUGGACACGUUGGACGAUUUCAUGUCGCGUUUUCCUUGGGCAGAGAAGAGACAAGAUAUAAAAGAUCAGACGAUUAAUGAGCUACUUACCUAUGAUGCACCUCAUCUUCUGCAAGAUUUGGACACAUAUUUAGGGGAAAAAGAGUGGUUGAUUGGUAACUCUGUGACUUGGGCAGAUUUCUACUGGGAAAUCUGCAGUACCACACUUUUGGUCUUUAAACCUGACUUGUUGGAUGUCCAUCCCAGGCUGGUGACGGUACGGAAGAAAGUCCAAGCCAUUCCUGCCAUCGCUGACUGGAUACAACGCAGGCCGCAAACCAGACUCUAGGCUGAGUUCUUGCUGACACUGGUGAACAUCUGCUUCAAAUAGCAAUAAAAUGAAAGAUACAUAA